GGCAGCAGCUAUUAUAAGGAGGACGAGUGUCUUCUGUGGACAGACUGACUGUCUCAAGUAUCGAAUUAGGAUGUUUGUUCUCUUCUGGGCGGCUUUCCUCCUCUCUGUGAGCUGCAGCAUUGCUGACACAGGUGAAUCAGUGAAGGGAAAACCAACCUGCGAUGACAAAGGAUACUGUAUCACUCUUACUGAAGGAGAAAUAACAGCAGAGGCUGGACUCUGUGUUGUGAUACCGUGCGCUUUCUCUGCUGCUGAUGCCUUCACUGUCAAAAACAUAAUUUGGUUCCAAUGUAAUCAAAGUGAAGCAAAAUGUGGUUCUAAGAAAAUAUUUACAAGUAAAAGCAUCAAAAAACAGACAGGACGGGUGUCACUGUUGGAGCCUGACGACUUGAGUAAGAAGAAUUGCAGCAUCAUCAUCAAUGACCUCACUGAGUCAGACUCUGGAUCAUAUCAAUUCAGAGUUAAUGGUGAAAGGAAGAGUGGAUUCACCUUCUCUCCUAAAGCAACUAUUUCUGUUACAGCUCUGAGUCAGAAGCCCACAGUGAUGGUUCCUCCGCUGACAGAAGGACAGCAGAUCACACUGACCUGCACUGCUCCUGGUCUCUGCUCUGGAUCAGUUCCUACAAUCACCUGGACAUGGAGAGGAAGAGGAGAGAACACCACUGAAAUAACAGGAAAUCUAACAGAGAGAAAAACUGAGAAUCUAACUGCUGUCACUCAGAGACACAGCUCAACUUUGACCUUUAAUGCUUCAGCUGAACACCACGGCACCCAGGUCACCUGUAAGGUCGGCUUCACAGGUGACACAGCUACAGAGGAGACAUUGACUCUGAAUGUGACCUAUGUGAAAGAAAUUAAAUUUACUGCAAAUAGAAGUCUGGAGGAAGGUGAGACUCUGAAUCUGACCUGCAGUGUUGAAAGCUUCCCUCCGUCUUCCAUCAUGUGGACUAAACUCUCCAACAAAACAAAUGGAAGAGAAACUAAUCUUCAGAACGGCACAGAAACUGACCUGCAGACUGACACUGAAACAGCCAGUCUUAUCAUCAAUAAUGUGACAGCAGAACACGCUGGACAGUACAUCUGUACAGCAAAACAUUUGAAUAACUCCGUGACAAAAGAAGUUGACGUAACAGUGAAAUAUAUGAGGAAACCUGAAAUCACUGGGGAUGUAAUUGUUAAAGAAGGCGGCACUCUGAAUCUGACCUGCAAUGCUGAAAGUUUUCCUCCAUCUCUGAUCACAUGGUCUAAACUUGGCCUCAACACAAGUCUCCACAGUAAAAUCGAUGUUGACCUGCAGAACGACACUGGACUUUCCACACUUAUCAUCCCUAAUGUGACAACAGAACACUCUGGACGUUACAUCUGCACUGUAAAACAUGUGGACAAUACUCUGACUCUACAUGCUGAUGUAACUGUGGCUCGGUUUGCAAAGAUCCUAAAAGACUCUGGAUGUGUGGCUCAGUCGACAGUUCUGACCUGUGUGUGUAUCAGUCAGGGCGUUCCCUUACCCACCAUCAAAUGGCCGCUGAUAGAAAACCACACUGGGUACUCUGUCAUUACCACUGUGUCAAACCACACAGUCAACAGCACCAUCACCCUGCCUGUAACAGACCACAGAAACACUGCUGUUGAGUGUAUCAGCAGUAAUGGAAAUGGAGAAGCAAAAGAAAACCUCACCAUCCAGAAACUCUCGCCAAAAAAAGAAGGUCAAUCCACAGGAUUACUAAGCAUUGUCUCACGGCUGGACAUCAUCAUUGCAUUUUUGAUUGGGGUACUUCUUACAACAACCCUUUGCUGUUUGGCAAAGAAAUGCCAUAGAAAAAAGCAGAAGAGCUCUGGAAGUCUAGAUGGGACCCUGGAGAUGGUGACGGCCCAGGAGGAUCCUCUGAUACAUCCUGAUCAAGCAGUGCAAGAUAAUCAAACUCACCACCAAGAGGCACCAAAAGAUGGAGCUGAAGGAGUGGAGAGAGGAGCCCCUGAUCUCGACGGUGCAGCAAAAGACGUGGAGUACGCCAGCAUUGACUUCUCCGUGUUGAAAAGAAGAAGUCUCAGGGGGGCAGCAAAGAAGCAAGAAACCACGGAGACAGAGUACACAGAAAUUAAGAGAGAAGAAAAAGUGGAAAGGCAAGACAAUGAUGGAGAGCCGGAUGAAAUGUUGGAGUGCAAAGAAGAGGAGGCGGCCAUGGCAGAGGACGAUGAGGAGAUAAAACAUUGUGUGGCCAAAGAGGAAGAAGUGGAGGAUGUGGCGUUGUAUUCCAAUGUGAAGGAUAUAAUGGACGAGAUGUGAAGUCUUUAAAGCUUAGUGGAGUCACUUAAGGACAAAGUGUCUUCUGUUCUUCAGAUGUGAUGGAUUAUUAUUCUGAUGUGUAAAUGACAGCAGUGUGUAAGCUUUCUACCACAGGGCAGUGAUCUUCAAAGGGAAAUUUGACCUCGGGUAAACUGAAGUAAUCGGGACACUUCACACCUCUACGCUUGAAGGCUGUAGAAAAAAUCUAUUAAUGCAACUAAAAUGGACUGGAAGUUGUAAAGAAUUCCCCUGUUUGAAUUAUGUUAUAUACCUUAAUUUAACUAGGAUAAGAACUGUAUGUGUUCCAAAAUUUCCUUGUGGUUUAUUCAAGGGUCUGCUUCAGGCUUACAGUUGGUUGGUCAGUCCACCACUUCGGUCCAGACUGAAAGAUUUCAAUAACUAUUGGUUGGAUUGCUAUGAAAUUUUGUAAAGUCAUUCAUGAUUUUCAUUGAAGAGGGAUUUUAAUUCUAAGUGGCUGUAACCUUUGAUGAUACACACUGGAUUUGACUGCAGAAACCCUCUUAUUAGCUUCAGCUGGACUUCAGAUAUUAAUUUUGGCCAGUAUGAGGACUGUACAUGUUGAAUGGAAUGGCUAUAUAUCUCUACAUGAAUGUAAAAUAAAAGUUGUUUU